CUAAUUUUUAUUGAAUUGACAUUAAAUUUUAAUUAUUAUUUUAUUAAGGUUAAGUAAAAAGGGCUUUAAUUCCAAAUCGACUGUAAAACAAAUCAUAAAUCCUACUGUAGUUCGAAAUCCACAGUAUAAAAACCAAAACCCACCUCUUCCAAAAAAACAAGAAAACCAAAAACCCAAGCCUACAAAAAUACUCGAGUAAACACACAAACAAGUACAUCAACAAUCAAACCAAAACCCCAUAAUUGUUGUUGCAAUGAAAUUAGCCGGCUUAAAAUCCUUAGAAUCAGCACACGACGACUCAAUAUGGGCGGCAACAUGGGUUCCGGCGACCGAAACCCGCCCUUCUCUCCUCCUAACAGGCUCCCUUGACGAGACUGUUCGCCUUUGGAAGGCUGACGAUGAUGUUAUAUUAGACCGCACUAAUACCGGCCACAGCCUCGGCGUCGUCUCUGUUGCUGCUCAUCCUUCCGGAGUUAUCGCCGCUUCGGCUUCCCUCGAUAGCUUUGUUAGGGUUUUUGAUGUUGAUUCUAAUGCUACUGUUGCUACCCUUGAGGCUCCACCUUCUGAAUCUUGGCAAAUGCAGUUCCACCCUAAGGGUACUAUGCUUGCAGUUGCUGGAGGAAGCAGCACUUCAAUCAAGGUUUGGGACACCACCACAUGGCAACUUGCUGCAUCACUACAAAUCCCCCGUCCUGAAAGUAGUAAACCAAACGAUAAAAUUGCCACCAAGAAGUUUGUCCUCUCGGUUGCUUGGUCUCCUGAUGGGAGACGUUUGGCUUGUGGCUCAAUGGAUGGAACAAUCUCUGUUUUUGAUGUUGCACGCGCUAAGUUCUUACACCACCUUGAGGGCCACCUCAUGCCUGUUCGAUCCCUUAUCUACUAUCCCAAUGACCCUAGAGUUCUCUUUUCGGGAUCUGACGAUGCCCAUAUACACAUGUAUGAUGCCGAAGGAAAGAGCUUAAUUGGGUCAAUGUCGGGUCACUCAAGCUGGGUUCUGAGUAUUGAUGCAAGCCCAGAUGGUGGUGCCAUUGCAAGUGGAUCAAGUGAUAAAACGGUGAAGCUUUGGGAUCUCAGCAUGCGGGCAGCUGUUCAGAGCAUGACCAACCACUCUGACAUGGUAUGGGGAGUAGCAUUUCGGCCACCUGGUGGGGCUGGUGUCCGGGCUGGUCGACUGGCCAGUGUGUCGGAUGACAAAACUAUUUCACUGUAUGAUUAUUCUUAGUUUUUAUGCUUGUAGCAAUGACAAUUCGGAUUUUUGGUUUAGGAUUUUCUGACCUGACAGCCUUCUGGCAGUGUUCAUCAAAUGUAUCGACCAACAUGUUUAUUAGAGCUGGAUUUGAAAAUUAUUUCUGGGUUUAUUGUGUUGUAUUUUGCUUUGCAUAUUUAAAGUUGUAAUAUGGUUCAGUGCGGCCUUGUUUUA